UCGGAACAGCAGGCGCGACCCUGGUUCCGUGCAAAUGCACCAGCCGAAGAGAACAAACGGGCACGGGAGGCCUACCGAGUGCUGAUGACAGUGACUUUGCGCAAACCUGACAGCGAAGAGUACCUCAAAUUUGCUCACGAGGUCCAACGACGCGCCAAAAAUGACUACAACUAUUCCUAUGCUUCAAAUGAGGUGCGUAGCAGCAUUGCUGACUUUGAAAUGAUAAUUUCAUCACAUUAUUCAUAG